AUGAAGGAAGUCUCACUUGCUGUUCCUUUCUCAUUUGCCAAACCUACCCUCUUCCUCCCUUUCCCUCCCUCUAUAAGCUAUGUUUGUUACAAUUGCCAUGACAUGAGCCUUGUUGUCGUCGACGUGUUCACCAUACAUAAGCGAACUUUUUCAAAUAUCUCUCGUUUAGGAUACAAACACGUAAAAGGCCAGAAGCUCACUGAAGUAGAAUUAACCGAACUGUUUGAAGGUCUCAAGCUCAAUGAACUCGAUGAGUACACCCAUAUUCUUACAGGUCUGACUGACAAUCGUUCGAGCCUUUUUUUCUUAAACUUUCAAGCAUCACUUUUAUGCGUACAUCGUCACUUUUAG